AUGUUUCCUGCACAAUCCCCAAAGUUCGAAUUACUAUGUGCUGCUAUGCUAGGAGCUGGACAGCUAUUCAUGAAUACCGCAUUUGACGCAGAAGCUUUUAUUCUGGAGUCGGUUAUUCAUUCGGUGCAUGAAAGGGAUCCCGAGAGGAUCGAUCAGUAUGCGGGCUAUUAUGGGCAAUCAGUGAUUUACGGGUCUUUUAUGAUUUCUUGCCUAUUCACACCAUCGCUUUUGAAUGUUUGGACUCCGAAAACUCUCCUCGUCAUCUCUUCGUUUUGCUUCGCCGCAUUCCCGUUUGGUUUUCAAUUUGGGAUGCACCACUUAUCUGACAUCUCACUCAACGAGAAAAUCAAUCGAAUCGAACGUUUCAUUACAAUGGGCGAUUGGGUGUGGAAGUUUGAUAGUCGGAUCGAUGAUACUGGGAACAAUGACAUGGUUCAGUGGGGAUGCUCGAAAAGAGAUAUUGAUGAAUGUGACGGAGGUGGUGCUCAAAUCGGAUACAAGAGAAUUCAUCGUCUUCUAUCCCUGGUGCUCAUUGUAGUCUCCAUUCUAGCCGUCAUAAUUGUCUGUUUUUUACCAUCCAAAGACGUUGAGAACUGCAUUGAAAGCUCUGUGAAAAACGGAAGUUUCAAAAAAGAUUUGAAACUAACUUUCACAACAUCAAUCUCUCUGAAAAUGCUCCAAAUCGUUCCCCUCUGUAUGCUUUGUGGAUUCAAUGCAUCUUUCCUAAUGUCCAUCAUCCCCACUUCAAUGCAUUUUAACAAAAACAACGCGAAGAUGUUGUAUAUCCCAGCUAUAUACAGUUUGGGAGCAGGCACUGGAGAGGUUUUGAUGGGAUUCAUAAUCGCGGAGUCAAGCCGACGAAUCAAAGGUUUUGGACUAAAACCAACUAUGGUGAUUGGUACAGUCACUUUGAGUAUUUAUUGUGUUCUGAUACACGCUUCAACUCCGUUUGAAGCACCGAUGAAACCAACUUCAGAGGAACCAAUGCUAUUUUAUCAAUCAUACCCUUUGAUAUACUUGAUUGCUCUUAUCUGCGGAAUUUCCGAUUGUUGUUUUAACGGAGUCCGAUCAGUAAUCUGUGCUCUCGUAAUGCCUUCCCGACGUGCUCAAUCCUUCUCAGUCUCCAGAAUGUACCAAGCAGCUGCGUGUGUCAUCAUAUUCUUUUUCAGUCCCAUCAUUCCACUUUAUGUUUACACAUGUGGACUGCCUGUUCUGGCAGUCUUUUCGACGUUCGUCUUCUUCAAAAUUGUGGAUUCAACUAACAGAAUGGAGAGGAAGUUGACGAGUCAGACAUGGCUGGAGCAGGAUCAGAAGAGCACAGUGGAAAAGUGA